GAAGCCUGAAGUCAGAGGAGCCUUUCGCGCUUGUCAAUCAGUUGAAGCUACCAGAGGGCUAUCCGUAUGAGUAGUACUUUAACAAGGAGCGGAUUAUGACAGAGGAAGGAAGUAAUCGGGAGACUCGUCAAGAAAAACACAACAAUCGUGGCUCUGAUAAAGCCGUCGACAUCCUCGGACAGUGAACAAUGCAUGACCUGACUGCCCAAGUCACCAGCAGCCUGCUGCCUUUCUCUGGCGUGACCAUCGAUGCUCUGGGGGAGGAUGAGAUCACUCUGGACUCGGUCCUUCAUGGGAGGUUCACUGUUGGUCGCGGCGGCUUGGCCUGGCUCGCCUGUGGACCCCAUCUGGAGGUUGUCCAUGCAGUGACAGGAGAACGGCUGUCUGCGUACUGCUUCAACGGCGGUGGGGAGCAUCCACCCAGUGUUCUUGCUGCCAGAGACUUCAGCUGGCUAAAACGGUCUGGAUUGCUGGUUGGCUUAGAAGAAACAGAGGGCAGCGUGCUGUGUCUGUACGACUUGGGAUUGUCAAGGGUGGUCAAAGCUGUGGUUAUUCCAGGCAGGAUCACAGCUAUUGAGCCGUUGGUGAGCUAUGGUGGAGCCAGCACCUCCACACAGCACCUCCACCAGAGUUUGCGCUGGUUCUUUGGCAUCGCUGCCGUAGUAACAGAUCUUGGUCAUGUUCUGCUUGUGGACCUCUGUCUGGAUGAUCUGUCCUGCAGCCAAAGUGAACUCGAGGCUUCAGACCUGCAGGUGGUCACCAAAUCUCCUGCAGAGAUCCCCAGGCUCAGGGAGGUGAGCACCAGACAGGGCCGACAUCUUUGUCUCCAGCUGAAUGGACCCACUGGAGUUGGGGCCACAGCUCUGCAGUACAUCUCCAGGACCAACCAGCUGGCAGUGGGAUUUUCCGAUGGAUACUUACAGCUGUGGAACAUGAAGGCUCUGAAGAAGGAAUACCACUCACAGUUAGAGGGAGGCAGGGUGCCUGUGCAUGCCUUCACCUUCCAGGAACCAGAAAACGACCCCAGGAACUGCUGCUACCUCUGGGCUGUCCAGUCCUCUCAGGACCUUGAGGGAGAUACAGUCAGCCUCCACCUGCUUCAGCUGGCCUUCAGUGAAAGAAAGUGUCUAGCUUCUGGGAAGAUCCUCUAUGAGGGUCUCGAGUACUGUGAGGAACGUUACAGUCAGGAUUUAUGUGGCACAGCUUUCCCUCUCAGGGCCCAGACCACAAAUACCCGCCUGCUGAGUUGCCAGACCAUCGAGAAGUUCAGACACCAUCCUGACAGGGAUGACAGCAUGAAUGAAGUUGCAUCUCCAGACACCAGCCUGUCCAUCUUCAGCUGGCAAGUCAAGGCGUACGGUCAGGGAACUCCGUCUACCUACGUUGGGGUUUUUGACAUCAACCGUUGGUACCAUGCACAAAUGCCAGACUCAUUAAGAACGGGCGAGUCUUUGCAGAAUUGUCCUUACCUGGCAGUUUGGUCUCUGGAUCCAGUGGUGCAGAUGGUGUCUCCCCAUGUCCUCCUAGAUGUGGUGGUGCACGAGCGCAGCCUGAGCAGGGGCAUGCCCUUCACCUGCCCCCCACCAGAACAAUACUUCAACCCCACUACAUAUAACUUUGAUGCUACCUGCUUGCUCAACUCUGGAAUUGUACAUUUAACCUGUUCUGGGUAUCAGAAAGAGACUCUGAGUUUUUUGAAGAAAGCUGCUCCUUGUUCCAGUGACAUCAUCUCCACUAGUUACUCUCAUUGCCUUAUGUCCGGCCUCCUCUCAUCUCGUCUGGCUGACACCCAGGCAUCCAGCCUCUCUCAGGAGGAGCAGCUUGAUGCCAUCUUGUCAACAGCGUUGGAGACCAGUUCUUUGGGACUGAUCACUGGCUGUAUCAAGCAGUGGACAGCAGAAGAACAACCAGGAUCUGCACUAAACCUGCGCUACAUACUGGACUGGGCAUGGAACAAAGUAGUCCAGACCAAGGAGGAACUGGAUGGCAUCUGUGCACCGCUGUUUGACAGCUCAUCCAACUUCACAGACCCUCAGACCAUGCAGCUGCUACAGCACAGUCAGAGACUGCUCAGUAACCUCAGUGCCAUCUUCCACUGUUUGCUCAGUGAAGCCCAGGAGCUCACUCAAAAAGGUCUUGUAGGACUGAUGAACAAAAACGUGGUGUCCAGUUUGAUUUCCAAGUACGCUCAGGUGGUCCUGUGGUUCUGCCGUACCGGCCUACUCCCUGAGGGAUCAGAUGAAGAUGCUCUCCAGAUUUCUAGGCCUUUCUACACUCACUCAGUCAUCAGCAACUAUUACACUAUACGCAGAGAGGAGCUGACCAGGCUGGCCAAGGGCAAGUGGUGUGCAGACUGUCUGAUGAUUGACGGUUUGGUUGGCCAGUGUGGCGAACGCUUGACCAACCUGUGGAAAAGAGAUGAGGGCGGAACAGGGCAAUACCCACCACCUACACUGCAUGCUUUGCUCGACAUCUAUCUACUGGACAACAUUGACGAAGCUGCCAAACAUGCAAUUGUUAUUUACCUGCUGUUGGAUGUCAUGUACUCCUUCCCCAAUAAGGAUGGAGCGUCAGUGGAAUCUUUCCCCACAGCUUUCGCCAUCCCAAUCGGUCUGGUCAAACUAGUGCAAGGCCUCUGGCUCCUGGACCAUCACGACCAUCAGAGUUCCUUUGAGCUGCUCUUGCAUCCAGCUGCGUCUCAGUGUCACUUCGAGUGGCAGCAUGAGCGCGUCCUGCAGGCUCUGAUGUGUCAGGGCCAGCAGUCGGUGGCGCUACGAUACUUUCACGUUACCAAGCCCCCGAUUUCAUCCACGUCCCAGGCUAAGCUUUGCCUGUCUGUACUGCUGCACAACAGGUGUCUGAUCGAAGCGUGGUGCUUAUUACGGCAGCACUCUAAUCGUCUCAACAUGGGUGAGCUGCUGGGAUUCAUGUAUGAGAGCUGCCAGGAGCUGGGCCUCAUCAAGGAGCUGCUCAAACUGCCUCUUGGCCUCAAUGAACAGGAAUGCUUGGAGAAGUUUCUCCAGGGUACUGGGGGUCUCCAGAACAGAGAACUACUGAUGGUUCAUUACCUGCAGCAGGCCAACUACAUUCCCGCCCUGCAGCUCAACCACAGCCUCAAAAUGAACUUGGUGAAUGAGCGAGACCCGAAGCUUAAAGAACGAUCCAACACCAGGAAUUCCAUACUGGAUCAGUAUGGCAAAGUUUUGCCCAGAGUUCAGAGGAAACUGGCAAUGGAGAGAGCCAAGCCCUACCAACAUUCCUACACAGUCCACAGAGAAGUUUCUCGCCCGCAGCCGCUGUCCACUAUCACCAAGCGUUCUGCUAAUGACAAGGUGAUGUCCAGGGCUGGAUUUAUCAACAAUGUCCUGACCAAGAUUGAGGAGGUGUGGUUAGGCAAAGGCGCUACACCUCAGUCCUCCCCAUCCAAGAGUCCCAGGACAGCUGAUGCUCAGAGUCUCAGCCCCAGGCCUUCCUCUCUGGCCCUUCCUGAGCCCUUCCUAGGAACUCCUAUCAGCAUGACCUCCAAACGAAAGUCAAGGCUCAUGGACUUGGUGGUUCAUCCCUCCUGUCAGACCCCUCAGCCUCUUCUCAGCCCUGCCAGACCUCCCAGCUCCUGGGUUUCUCCAAAGAGCAUCAGCAAAGCACCUGAACUCAGUUUGCUGCAAACACCACAGGUUGUCAAGCGAGCUCGGGCUUUGGCUGCUUCUGGCCCUGUGUUCUCAGCCUUCACUCCCCAGUCCAUCCUGCGCAGCAGCCUGAGGCCGACACCCGUUGCCACGCCUUCAGCUUCUCCAGGACGCUCCAUCACCCCUCCACUCCGCAGCAAAGAGAGCCGGAUCACCUUCAUCGAAGAGGCAGAAUCCCCUGAAACGGAGAAGGGCAUCCGAUGGACUAAUGGGAUGGCAGCAGACAGUGAGAUUAGCCUGCUGACCAGAGGCAGCCUACUGUCCAAGGCUACACGUAAAUCCUGGUCCUCACAGCCUGCUGAGGAGGAAGAAGAUGGAGACGAGGAAGGAGAACAACCUCAUGUAAAGUUCUUACCUCCAGAAGGUGGUGUUCCCUCACCGCAGCUGAGAAACUCUGAGAGCGAAUCAUCUUCCAUCCAUGAAGUCGCUGUAGAAACAAAACCGUCAGAGGCAACGCAAGCACGACUUAGUCUGAGCUUUGACACCAGUCAGGUAUCUGUUCGGUCAACAGACACCACUCUGGAAUACUACGAUGCCCCUGUGUCACAGGACCAGCAAGGAGAGGAUGGAGCUACAAAGAAGAUUUAUGAGAUAGAGACAGUAGACGUUCAAGAGACUGAAGAGGAUAAACUAAUCACUGAGCAAACCCUCAUCACACCCGAGGACACUGAGAAGGAAGAAGAGGAGGUGGAGGACGGAGAGGAGGAGGUGGACGAGGAGACGUAUGAAGAUGUAAUGGAGACAGGUCUUGAACAGGCGUCUAGAAAUGAGGACGAGGAAGUUCAGUCUCCACAGGAGGAUGAAGAGGACAUUGAGUCAGAUAGCAAACAAGAUGAUGUUGCAACUCUUGACCAAGAGGAGACUUCUGCUCACGAUCAAGUCGGUAACCAGGUGACUGAGAGCUCCGACUCUGGUGCUGAAGUGGAAUCUCAGGAUCUUCCUGUGAAAACUGAAGCACAGGAUAUCCAAACAGAGCCCAGUGAAUUCCCAGAGUUGACUGAGCAAACUGAACCAUCUGGAGCUACUGAAACUGGAAAUGAACCAGCAGAGGAUGUGGAGCAGUCGACAGAUCUGACAGAGUUCGUUCAGCGACACCUGUUUGGUACCGAUUCGUCUCCUCCACUUACCCGUUCUGCAAUCCACAAUGCAUCACAGAUCCAGACUUCCAUCAACAGUGAGUCAUUAGAUGAGGCUGAAGAAAAGGAGCCGGCUGCUGCUGAAGCUCCCCCGGUGCUCACCACCCAAAAAUCUACAGCGUCUGUGACGUCCUCCGAGCCAACUGGCACCGACUCCCACUCUGUUGUGAGUGUCAACGAUAGUGAAGAGCUUUCUAGCCCUGCAUCUGAGGAAGAGGAGGAGGAGGAGGAUGAUGAUGAGGAGGAGGAGGAUGAAGAAGAGGAGGAGGAAGAAGAAGAAGAGGAUGAGGAGGAAGAAGAAGAGGACUCUGGUAGUGAGGUGGAGAUCAUUGAGGAGGUCCAGGGUAACGGGAGGUUGCCGCCCCUCCAGCCCAGUUCAGUUUUCAUGCAGGAGGAACACACACACUUCCUGCCAACGCUGUCAGAGCAGGAGGCUGCUGAGUUCUCUCUGAUCACACCCGGUGCAGACAUGAAGAUGGUAGAGGAGGACAUCGAGGGUGAGGUGGUGAUGGUGAGGCUCGGGGCGGAUGACGGAGGGAUGGAUCCAGAUGAAGCUGUAGAGCAAGGAUCAUCAUACAUGGAGCUCAAGCCUUCUACCACCCUCCUGGUACCCCUGGAGCUUGUCGAGGGACAACACGGUCUGGUCGAUAGCGCUGAGCUGGAUCUUCCUGAGCUCCAGCAAACCGUAGAGACCGAUGACCCGCAGUCUGAACCUCACUUCUCUCUGAUGCUACAUAUGGACGAGGACAGCGAUAGAGACGCAGGCUCGCUACCCGUUGAGAAUGAUCUGCCAUCCUCUGACCCUUCUGCUCACUCUCCAGUGGUGGAUGCUGUUGACGAGUUUUUGGUCAAACCUGAGAUUAUUCUUUUGGGCACAGAUGACCAGGAUGAUCUCCAGUCUGAAGAAGCCCCACAAGAAGACAAUGGCAAAGAGGUGGACAGCUUGGAUGGAAAUUAUAUUGAUGAACCACAGGAAUCAGAACUUGUGAAACUCAAAACUGACCUACAGACUGAUUACACUGCAGCAAAGCAGGACGGAGAUGAUGCUGAGGAGCAGAAGGAUGCAGAGUUGGUGCUGUUAGCUGAGGAUCAUGAAUCUGCUGCUUUUUCAGUCUCUGAAACAACUGCAGAGGAAGAACUCCCAAUGGCGGUGGAUGAAAAAGACUCUGUGGCAAAUACUCAACCUGCUGAUGAGGACAUGAUAGAGGAGGACAAACCAACACCUGCUGAGCAGCCGGAGGAGCCGGAGGAGCCGGAGGGGAAAGAGGAGAAAGAGCAGCCGCAGCAACCGCAGCAGCAGCAGAAGGAGGAGAAGGAGGAGCUGGAGGAGCCGGAGGAGCCGGAGGAGAACGGCCCUGUUAAUAUAGACACAGAUAUUUCCCCCGUCGCAGAGCCGGAGCCUGCUGUGGAGGAGCAGCUGGAGGACCUCCAACCAGCUGAAGAGGCAGAAAAGGAAGAAAGCAGCGAAGAAACUGAGACAGAGGAAGAACACAAGGUAAGGGUAAGACCAAGGAGAUAUAAGAAAGAUAAAGACACUCCAGUGAAGCAGGAUUUGAGCUCAAAUAGCCAGCCAGAAGAACAACCUGUACCAGAGACCCCCACCUCCCAGAGGAAGAAGGCUCCUUCCACCCCAACGCAGAGGACAACAAGAGGGAGGAGGACAGUUACGUUUAUCUCUCCCCUACCAGAGGAAGCAGAGGAGCCAGAGGAGGAUGUAGAUGUAAAGGAAACAAGCACUCUGCUCCCUGCAUCGCCCAGUCGUACGCUUAGAAAAGGUAAACUGGUCAAAGAAACCAAAGUCCACGCCAGCACACCUCGAAGAAGUACGCGCAAUUCUCAGCCGGACCCUCCUACAGAUGAGGCUGAAGAGGUGGAGGCCAUGGACAAUGAUACGUCAGUCGCAUCAACUUCCAAGGCCUCUUCUCCAGCCAGACGCUCCCAGAGGGGAGCAGCAACAAGGACCAGCCAGAGGACCCGAAGGGGGGCCGAGGAGGCGUCUGCAGAGGAUGAAAUCAAAGAGGAGGAAGACCAAGAGGAGGAGGUCUCGGAUAAAAAUAUUGGUCGACAAACAACCUCCAAGACUCCCACCCCGUCCAAACGCAGGACCACUCAAGUCAACACCCCGAGAAGGUCCAGCCGAAGGAUACUGAGUAGCAGUGAGGUGGUGACAACACAGCUUGAGAUCUUGAAAGAAGAGGAGAACGAGGUCUUCACCUCCCCUGUGAAACGCAGUCCCAGAAAGACAAAGACGGCACCAUCAGAGGUCCUGCCAGCUCAGCUGCAGGAGAAGAAGCAACUUUCCAGCCCUGGCAGGACAACUCGACUGUCCAACCGGAUUAACCUAAAUAUAUAUCCACAAGUCAAACUGGUUCCUGUGUCACUUCCUCAGAGCGUAAGGAAGAGCAGAGGAGAGACACUUACUGAAAACAGAAAAGAAGGCGAAGAUCUACUCGAGCCUGAACUUAGCAGAAAUGCUCGUCAGACCAACUCCCGUCGCCCAACUAGAAGCAAACUUUGGGACCACCCUGAGGAAGAUCUUCCACUGCUGGACUCACCGUUGGAGGUGGAUUCCGAAACCCCCGUCGCAGACGCCCUCAUCAAAAGACUGAAGGAUGAGGAGCAGAAGCAGGAGGGUGGAGAAGCUGUUACAAAGACGUUGAGAACCAGCAAGAGAAGCACCAGGGCAUCGGCAGAGGAGGCUCAGUCUCUGCCUCCUGAGAAAGACCUGGUCCCUGAACCUGGAGACGAUGAGUCUAGUCCAGGCGAGCAUUCAUUCAUCUACUCUCCCUCACGACGAAGAACAAGAGCCCGUAGAGAAGUGUCUCCGGCCCCCAGUGAAGAACCUGCAGCACCUGUAACUCGCAGCAGCAGAAGAAGAGUCAAAGAUGUUGCUCCUCCGGAUGAAAUUGCUUCAGAAGAAGAUCAUGUUGAAGUGGAGAAAGCGGCCGUCGGCGUUAAAACCAGAAAAACACGAGCAGCCAAAUCAAAACCUGUUCCGGAGCCGCUCCCCAUAGCAGAGGCAGACCUGCUCUCGCCUCUGCCCAGCCCGGCUGAUCCGCUGCCUCGACCACAGAGGAGGACUAAGGACAGAGAGGUGCCGACCACCAGCAGGAACCUUCGCCGCAAACGCGUAAUGGACACGGUUUUCACAAAGCCCGUCACCCGGAGGAAGAAACUGUAAGGAGGCGGAGGUGUUAACCAGUGAACCUCAAGACAGCCACCUGAAGAUCCGAACCGACUCAGUCACGAGCUGUCAAAUAUAAACGUAUGCCUAAUCUCACGAUGGUUCUGUUUCCUUAAAUGCCUCACAGCGCUGCGGUUUGUAUAUUGACUCCCCUGUAGGAAAAUAAAAUAGAAGCAGCGAAGGCAGAGAAGUAUAUUUUUGGGACAUAACGCACUGGUGGGUAGCAGUGUGAGAAAGAGGACUAUAUUUUUGGAGUUUACAUAUCCCUCUCGUACUAACAUGAUUUCACUUGAUAUCGUAUCUGUGGCCAUUUUGUGUUGGACAUUUCUUUGCGACGUUCCUCGGCCUGGCUCUCUGGGGCACAGAAUGGCACAAGGGAAAUCAAAGUGAGGUUUGUAGAAACGUCCGUUAAUAAAAACCAGAGAGACGAAACUGAACUCGCCUCUGAUCAAGAGGUUUUUAUUUACAUUCUCCUUUUAUUUUAAUUUUGGGUUUUUUGUUUUUUUGUUUUUUUUUUGUGUUGUUGUUUACUUUUAAAAUUUCAAGGCCUGCUGUUUUUUCUAUUUAAGAAGAAAAGCAAACCAAUCCAGUGGAGAUAUAUUUCUACUGCUAAAUUUGUAUAUAGUCUUUUGCUAUGUUCCAAAUAAAGUUAAUAAAUAAAUCCUAAAGAGUAAUGUUGAUUUUGACUUUUUAAGUGUCUCUCGGAUACAUUGGAUCAUCUAAUCAGACUGCCUAUGCCAUAGUCUUAAAAUUAAACUUGACUUUGGGGAGGAGGGGGGGAGGCUUGUGUGAAAGACAACACUGUUAUUAGCAGAUUUGGACUGUUGCUGUAUGUCAUGAAAAUGUUGUAUAUUGUGAAAGAAAAAGAACUUGCACAGCGGUUGUGUUAAACCUGAUUCGGGACGUGUUAAUAGGCUUGUUUAAUUAAAUUUAUGGCAACCACCAUCUGACACAAAGGUUAUUUUCUGAUGAAUGUAUGUAGAAUGUCUUAUUUUUGAUGACUGCUCUUUGAUAAAUAUGGCAAAGCUUGAAUA